GAGCAUGCAAACACACUCCAGCUCAUACGAGAGAGAAGGGCUGUGUGUGAGCUCAUGUGAGUGUAUGAACGGGGCAUGGUAAGUCCUCUGGAAAACAGACAGAUGAUUAGUUAGAAUAGCUCAGAAAACAGGACCACGGCGACAUGGCAAGAAAAGGACUUGAACCAUCUCUCUCCCUGCUUUGGAUUUUAUAGUAGAACAGAGCUGAGCUGAUAGUAUAUUUGUGAGGAUUGAGAGGAACCAUCCAUUGAGUUCAAACAGGGGGAGGACGAGAGAGCAUCUGAGGGAUCAGAAUUUGCCCUCUGGAGCUCCAGACGUACAAAACAAGGACAUGGUUAAAGGAAUUGUUGGACUUGGAAUGAAGGAAUGACAAAACGAAGAUGUUCUUCUUGUUUGAUGUGAGCGGCUGAGACCUGGACUCUCGGGUCGCCUACUUUUACAUCAGGUGGAACCUCAGCUCUCAGCCUACUCCUAAAGAUCAGCUAGGUUACUUCCAGAGGGUGGCUGCGCUGAAUAAACCACAACCAUGCUGUGUGGUCUGAGGAGAGACACCAAGAACAGCAUUGAUGAAGGGCCAUACUCAAAGGGGAGCAAAGAGUCCGGGGCAACUGACCAAUCCCAUUCGUCCCGGAGGCGCAGCCUUUCAGCAGAGGAGUAUCGAGGAGUGACCACUGUGGAUCUGAUGAAAAGGGAAGGCAGCAGCCUUGGCCUCACAAUCUCCGGAGGGUCUGAUAAGGAUGGCAAGCCCAAAGUGUCAAACCUACGGCCAGGUGGGCUAGCUGCCAGGAGUGACCAACUGAAUGUAGGAGACUACAUCAAGUCAGUGAACGGCAUCAACCUGUCAAAGCUUCGGCAUGAUGAGAUUAUCAGCCUGCUGAAGAACAUCGGGGAGCGAGUCGUGCUGGAGGUGGAGUACGAGCUGCCUCCAUUUGUUCAGACCCCCUCAGGAGUCCUAACCAAAACCAUCGAGGUGUGUUUACACAAGGAGGGAAACAGUUUUGGGUUUGUCAUGAGAGGAGGCUUCCAUGAAGACUGGCGCAGGUCUCGUCCUUUGGUGGUUACCUACGUCAGACCUGGUGGUCCCGCUGACAGAGAGGGCACGUUGAAGGCCGGAGACAGAGUAUUGAGCAUAGACGGGAUGCCUUUGAACAGAGAGAGGCACGCUGACGCUUUGACCAUGCUGAUGCAGAGCGGCCAGGAAGCUCUGUUCCUGAUUGAGUAUGACGUCUCUGUCAUGGCGGCAGUGCAACAAGCCUCAGGCCCUCUGCUGGUGGAGAUCGUGAAAGGUCCCUCGGCCAGCCUGGGGAUCAGCCUCACCACAACAAUAUACAGGAGCAAACAAGUUAUUAUUAUCGACAAGAUAAAGGCUGCCAGCGUGGUGGAAAGGUGUGGAGCGCUGCAUGUAGGCGACAUCCUCCUGUCCAUAGACGGGACCAGCACUGAGCACUGCUCACUGAUGGAGGCCACACAGCUACUCGCCAGCACCUCUGAAAUUGUCAAACUAGAGAUUCUCCCAGCCAGUCAGAGCAGACUUCCAAUCAGGCCUCAAGACACAGUGAAAGUGCAGAAAAGCAACCAUCAUCACUGGGACCAAAGCAGCAACUACUGCCAUCCCCCACAUGCCAGCCACAGCAAGACAUGGAGCAGCCCAAGCCACCCACACAACCAGCAGGACCACUGCAAAUCUCUGGUGAGUGGUGGCUUCUCCCCUUCCUCCACAGCCACCUCAGGCUUCAGCAGCCAGGGCAGCAACACUCUGCCCUGCCCCAUCGCUCCCAUCACUCCCACCAGCCCUCGCAACUCCACCGGCAAGAGGAGGAACAGGAAGAAGGAUCACAAGAGCUCAUUAUCUCUGGCGUCCAGUUCUGUCGGCCCAGGGGGGCAGGUUUAUCAUGUGGAAACAAGCGAGAUCGUCCUGAGGGGGGAUCCGCUCACAGGAUUUGGGAUCCAGCUGCAGGGGGGUGUCUUUGCCACAGAGACCCUCUCUGCUCCCCCAGUCAUCCGCUUUAUUGAGCCCGACAGCCCGGCUGAGAGGUGUGGGCUGCUGCAGGUUGGAGACAGACUGUUGUCCAUUAAUGGGAUCCCGACUGAAGAUGGCACUUUGGAGGAAGCUCAUCAGCUGCUCAGAGACUCUGCUCUGGCUAAUAAGGUCACAGUGGAGAUUGAGUUUGAUGUCGCAGAGUCAGUGGUUCCCAGCAGCGGCACCUUCCACGUUAAACUACCCAAGCGGAGAGGAGUGGAGCUGGGCAUUACCAUCAGUGCAAGUAAGAAACCUGGCAAACCUCUCAUCAUCUCUGACAUCAGAAAAGGAAGCAUAGCACACAGAACAGGCACUCUGGAGCCUGGAGACAGACUGCUGGCCAUCGACACGGUGCGACUGGAGAACUGCACCAUGGAGGACGCCAUGCACGUCCUGCAGCAGGCUGAGGACAUGGUCAAACUGCGAAUCCAGAAGGAUGAGGACAACAUAGAUGAGUUGGAGAUGUCUGGCUCCAUAAUCUACACAGUUGAGCUGAAGCGGUACAACGGGCCGCUGGGCAUCACAAUUUCAGGCACAGAGGAGCCCUUUGACCCCAUCGUCAUUUCUGGCCUCACAAAGAAAGGUCUGGCUGAGAGGACCGGAGCCAUCCACAUAGGAGACCGAGUCCUGGCCAUCAACGGGGUCAGCCUGAAGGGAAAGCCACUGAGCGAAGCCAUCCAUCUCCUGCAGAUGGCCGGGGAGUCGGUCACCCUCAAGAUCAAGAAACAAGCUGAUCAGUCUGACGGUCGGCAUCUGGACAGAGAGGUUGGGUUUUUAAGUGACACGGAGGAUGAACUGACAGACUCUCAGAAGACCAGUAAACACUCUGAGGUUUACUCUGCCAAUGUUCCCAGUGUAGACUCUGCCAUGAGCUCCUGGGACAGCUCAGGGUUUGAUGCCGGCUACGGUAGCCAAGGGGCAUAUCUUCAUAAAGCAUCCGAUAUACUGCUCAAUCCAAAUGAAUGGCGGCGCCCAAAGCACCGGAGCCAAACCAGUUCCAGUUCUGCAGGCCUCGUCCACCACGCAACGCUGUAUGACGGGAGAUUUACUGAAGAUGAGUGGGACAAAAUACCUGGAUUCGUCAGCCCCCCUCGUUGCCAUGGCACCCUGAACCCGGAAGACAGCUUCUGGUCCCAGGCUCUGCAGGACCUCGAGACCUGCGGCCAGUCAGAGAUUCUCAGGGAGCUGGAGGCAUCCAUGACAGGUAGUGCUCUUAGUCUGUACCUAGAGGAGACCACGACCAAUGAAGACUCAAUGUUUCACUCUGAAAUUAGUCCCAUUAAGAGGGAGGGAAUUCGCAGUGAGACUAAAAGCAAAAGCAGCCUGAACAUGUCGACUGGAGCCAGAGACGUACCGUCCAGGGUCAAAGGGGAACCCUCUGACAUCUUGUCCCCUACAGCCCUGGCACUGCACAAGGUGACUAUCAGGAAGGACCUUGAGAGCCGUGACUUUGGUUUCAGUGUAUCAGAUGGGCUCCUGGAAAAAGGGGUCUAUGUGAACAUGAUCCGACCAGAGAGUCCAGCUGAUCGGGCGGGGUUAAAACCUUUUGAUCGCAUUCUUCAGGUGAACCGCAUGAGGACCAGGGACUUGGACUGUUGUCUAACAGUGCCUCUAAUUAUGGAGGCCGGAGACAGCCUGGACUUGGUCAUUAGCAGGAAUCCACUGGCAGCCGGUGAUACGGAGCUGCCCAACAACUGUGACGACCCCUCAAACUCACUGUUCUGCUUUUCCAACCACAGGACCAACAGCAUCGCCCUGUGACCACUAAGAGAGACGCCAACUGUUGAAAAGCUGCAGCGCGAAGACCUCACACUGACACACACACACGUCACACAUGGUUAAGUUUGUCACAUUGUACCUCUCAGACAGACCUUCACACUCAUGUUCAGCACGCAGAGCAUCCACAGAAACAGCCGCACUCUCUCCGCCUGAAAGCAUCUUGCACUCACAAAAGCUACAAGUGCAUGUGUUCGCCAUUGCCAGUUUUAGUCACUGUGUUCACAUGAUGUAGUUCAGGGGAGGUUCUGGCUUUGGGGCAGACCUCCCUCUACUCCCCCCUCCCCCCCAAUCCCUUCCCUCUCCACAGGCAAAGCCACAUGCGGCGUUAUAUAACGGUGGGAGUCAUAGCUUCUGAUGGGGCCAGGAUGUCAACACACACACGCCUCAGCUCCGGAGAGGAUCAAAUGCUGCUCACAUUCGCCGCAUAAAUUUACUAUCUUUUGCUUUAAUCGGCUUUGUGUUCUCGCCAAAGGAACGUUAACCCACUUUUCUUUUUCUUGCUCAGAGGGGACCCACAUGCGUAUAAAACACUCACACAGACGCACCGGGUGUUAGUGGACUCGCGGUUCAAGGCACGUUGCACCUAUUUGAGUAAUUUCAGACACGACUUGGCUCACUGCCUUCGUUUCCAGUCUCUCCUCCACACUGCCUGCCCCAGAGAGGGGACAGCGCCUCCAAACAGACAGAAAGCUCUCCGAUACUUGCCAAGUGUCAUUAAUUAUAUUUUAAAGCCUCUUAUAUCGUAAUACCACGAAUGCUUCUGAAGACACUCUACCCUUUCUGUUUUAAAGUGGGUGUCCACUGAUGGAAUGAUAAUGUUUGAAUAGUUCCAGAGAGACUUCAGUGUUCAUGAUGCUUUUUUUUUUCUUUUUGUUCUGACACACGUUUACAAAGAUCAUUUUCAGUUUCACAUUUGGUGCAUGUUUUCUUUUAUUUUGCACAUCUCCCUUUCACAUUUUCACUUUCACACUAAUGAGCCCCUCUUUGUAUGUGGCUUUGCACCAGAUUGACUUGUGGUCUGUCACUAGUGCUCCCUUAAGUGAAUCACAGAUUUCUGAAGCACAACAUGAAAGGCCUUUCAGUUUUCAGUGGUGAAUGAUUUCACUUCACAACUGACUCAGUUGGUGACUGGUUAAUUCCUCUCUGCAGUAGCUGUUUCCCCUAAAAAUGUGUAUAAGCAUGUUAAGCAUGCAUAGGGUUUGUCCUCAGCGAGUAGCUCUUCUGUAUAUUUAAAAAAAGAAAAUAUUGGCGUCUGUUUGCUUCAACAGGAUCUUUGUGAGAGUGCUACCUUUUUUUUUUUUUUUAAUCACAAACUGGUGUUUUUAUAAAGCUUUUGUGCAGGAAAUGUGGGAUGCUAAUCUAUCUGAACCUCUGGAAAAAAAGUUUUCAUUUCAUGUGGUGGCUGAUGUGAACACAUUGAGAUAGCUGCUUAUAGAGCAGCCUUAGACUGAUUCAUCCUUGGGACAACAACUUUCUGAUUUCAGAUGUCUUCUGUUAAUGUCAUGUUGUAUACAGAGGCCUAUUUUUAAGGUUUUAUAUUAAUUUAUUGCAUAUCACUUUUAGUUUACUGUAAUAUGUCAUGGUAUGCAGUGCUUUAUUUUAUUUACUGUUCAUGCACAUGAAGUGUAGUAUCUUCAUUUAAGUUGUGAUACUGAAUGUGACUGCAUUUUAUUUUUUUUUAGUUUAUUUCCACCACCUCCUCCCUGAAUAUGCCAGGAGUCGUUCUAAAGAACUUGAAAGAUUUAAUGGAUAUUAUUUUAUUUUUGUUAUUUAAUUUAUUAUGAAGUAAGAAAUGUAUUUCUUUUUAUGGAAAUAAAGUUAUGAGACAGUA